GCCGCCAAUGGCAUUGAUUUGUGGGGUGCAACACUCUACGACUUCUACUGGGUUCUACGUGCCCCAGAUGUGAAGAACUAUCUCACCAUCUCCACGGGCAGCAGACUUGCGAAAUGGAUGCGCCAACAUGGUGAGCUCAUAGCGGAGGAUGAACUCUAUUGGGCCGAUAAGGAGGAGGAUCCCAAGGAGGUGCCAGUAGUUGACAUCGGGGAACUCAUAAGGUGCCAUGAUGCGCACAAAGAAAAAACAGGCUGGUCUAUUUUGGGAGAAGCCACAGAUGAAGAUUCUACCCCUCCACCCGAUGAUCAGGGCGACAAUAUCAGGAAGGAGAAAGAAGAGGAAGCAGCACCAGUUGCUCCGAAACUUCAACAACGUAUUCCUUUACACCUUCUUCCCAAAAAGCUCCAUGUUCAUGACCCUUGGAACACAUUAACCGUCGAUAAGGACGAUUCUGACCAAAAGCCUGAAUGGCUUUCCAAAGUUGCAAAGAAAGGAGACAUCGUCCGAACUUAUUCCCUCUCCCUUGCACCGCAGAGUAAGGAGGUCGCGUCGAAGGCGCACAAACUGGCUGAGGUAGCCGAAGACGAAGCAGCGAAGGAAGAGAGCGUGUCGCACAUCUUCCCCAGUGACAAGGAGGGGCCAACGGAAGAGCCAUUGAUUGAAGUUGUACUCCCUCUGCGACCCCGGAAAAGGACGCAAGUGGAAGAAGCUCAUCUCUACCUUUCACCUCGUGCAGUGGGCGUCGGCCAUCAUUCAAUUGUGCGCAGUGCGGAGUGGGAGCUUCCGCGCGACCUUUUUGUGGAGGCUCGUCUGUGCAAAACUUGUGUGGAAGAGGAUGUCCGGAAAAUGGAACCAGAGCAGGACAGUGGUAGCGAAGAAAAUGACUGGGAGGAGAGUGAGGGCGAGCAGAGCGAAGAAUAUAGCGAGGAAGAAAUAUUUACCCUUGAACCUCCCAGGGUCAUCCGCAUCGCAUCCUACUCUGGGCCAGUCCUUCGCAUUCACACUACAGUGAAGUGGCGAAGCCCCUCGGAAAAACAAUGCGAUCACGAAAGUUCAUUUUUUGGCUCGGAACCUGUUCCACGCACCGCGACAGUCAGUAUUGUUGCAAAACUCUCGUUCGAAUAUGACCUCCACCUCGCUCAAGAGGCGGCAAACUAUCAAUCGUUCCCUGACCACUUCUACCAACACUGGAACGGGUACAAUGUCAUGCCCCCAAUACAAGAUCCUAUCCCCGUCGGGGCACUCUGCCCACAGUUCUACGGGUAUUACACACCUGACGAUCCAACUGACGGUAAAUAUCGGGGUCGACGUCGUUACCUGAGUCCGAUAUUGCUGCUGGAGCACUGUGGUAGCGAGAUAGAUCCAGAUAAGUUGUGCCAGGACGACAAGCAAGAGUGCGCGUCGCUUAUCUUGCGCUUUAAUCGUGCGGGGUGGUUACAUGGGUCAUUAGCAACGCGGAACAUCAUGUGGCAGCAGGGCAAGCCAACGGAAUGGCCAAUCGAGCGUCCGCACUCUGUCAAGAGCUUCCGCCUCAUAGACUUUGGUAGAUCGGCGAAAGUCAACAAC